GAUUAUCGAACCAUGGCAAUCAGUUCAGUGCAAGAGUGGAACCCGCCCUGGGUAGUGAUCGAACCUCAACCGUUGGUUAGCUAGUAUACAGUCGUAGGAAGAAUCUUCUCAAUCAACCAGUCCAGAACCAAGGAUCAACAACCUGCAGCAGGAUGAAUAAGUUUCUGGCACUCGCCGUUUUUGCAGUUUUGGCCGUUUCCCUAGCGCACGCAUCGGGAUAUGGUUCGGGAGGUCAAGGUAGCUUUGGUAAAAAUAGUUUCUCAAAACACGACGGUGAAGGUGGACAUGGAGGUGGUGGCCAGGGAUUUAGUCAGGGAGGUGGACAUGGAGGUGGCUUUGGACAAGGAGGUCACGGCCAGCAAGGAUUUGGCGUAGGAGGAGGCCAUGGCCAACAAGGAUUCGGUGGCGGAAGUGGUCACGGACAACAAGGAUUUGGCCAGGGAGGUCAUGGUCAGCAAGGAUUCGGUCAGGGAGGAGGUCAUGGCCAGCAAGGUUUUGGCCAGGGAGGUCACGGACAACAAGGAUUUGGCCAGGGAGGUGGCUUUGGACAGGGAGGACACGGACAACAAGGAUUCGGAGGACACGGUGGAAAACAAGGUUUCGGAUCGAGCGGACACGGUUCUAGCGGACACGGCUCAAGUGGACACGGUCAUGGUCAUGAGCACGGAUACAAGAAGCACGGAUAUUAGUUAAGACUUUCAAAGUAUGAAUGACAUGUGAUUCAAUAAAUGAAAUAAGUUAAAAAAGGUGUAUGUUGACUGAUUUGAUGUGAAAUAAUAUCCUUAUUUAUAAA